GGAGGGGGGAGAGAGAGAGCGAGAGCGAGAAAUGCAGAGGCAGCAGCCGCGGUAGCGGCGGCAGUGCUCCAGCAGCAGCGCUAGGCACUCCGCGCCCGGCGAGCGAGCGGCAGCCGCAGCGCACAGCGGCUCCGGGCUGCGCGGAGCGGGCGGCAGCGCGGCACAGGCACAGAGAGCGGCAGCGGCAGCACGCGGGAGCUCCAACAUGGGAGGCAAACUGAGCAAGAAGAAGAAGGGGUACAGUGUCAAUGAUGAAAAAGCUAAAGACAAAGACAAGAAGGCUGAAGGAGCAGCAACUGAGGAAGAGGAGACUCCAAAGGAGGCUGAGGAUGCCCAGCAAACCACAGAGACCACAGAAGUGAAGGAGAACAACAAAGAGGAGAAGGUUGAGAAGGAUUCUCAGGUUGCUGCCAAUAAGACAGAAGAAAAAGAAGGGGAGAAAGAGAAAACAGUGACCCAAGAAGAAGCCCAGAAAGCAGAACCAGAGAAGUCAGAGGCAGUUGUCGAUGCAAAAGUAGAGCCGCAGAAGAACAAUGAACAGGCACCCAAGCAAGAGGAGCCAGCUGCAGCCUCUGCUCCUGCUGCCAGUAGUGAAGCACCCAAAACUUCUGAGCCUAGCAGCGAUGCAAAAGCUUCCCAGCCUUCAGAAGCCACAGCUCCCAGCAAAGCAGAUGACAAGAGCAAAGAGGACGGGGAAGCCAAAAAGACUGAGGCUCCCGCAACACCUGCAGCCCAAGAAACUAAAAGCGAAGUGGCCCCAGCUUCAGACUCAAAACCUAGCAGCAGCGAGGCUGCACCUUCUUCCAAGGAGACCGUAGCAGCUACAGCAGCACCUAGUUCCACUGCCAAGGCCUCGGAACCAUCAGCCCCACCAGAGGAAGCGAAACCUUCUGAAGCCCCAGCGACUAAUUCGGAUCAAACCAUAGCAGUGCAAGAUUAAAUUGGACAGCCUGUUGAAACAACCACUUAAAACAACCUGUGUCUUUUUUUUAUUUUUUCAGCUAUACUAACUUGUUUCAGAUCUGAAAUAACAAAAAGUAUUGCCCAGAAAGAGAAGGAAAAAAAGGAAAAAAAAAAAAUAAUGAAAAGGAUGUCCCAUCAAGUUGGGAGGGAGGGAGGGGGGAGAAUCCAAAUAGUAUUUUUGUGGGGAAAUAUCUAAUAUACUUUCUGCCAACUUGACACAAGUCCUGGAUUAAAAAACAAAAGAAAAGAAAAAGAAAAAAAGUAAAAUAGAUGGAUGUCUGAAAGUACAGCACAUCUUUUGUAUCUGAACUGCUGUAAAUGCACUCCACCAAUGUAUCAAAAUCUUCUUUUUGUUCUGUAAUGGGGUUUGGGAGUGAUGCGUUUGAUUCUGCCCACUGGGUUUGUGCCAAGGCAAUCAGAUCUUUAUGAAAGCAGUAUUUUCUGUGGUUUUUUUAUUUACAGCCUUUCUUAUUUUGAUAUUUUUUUUAUGCAGUGGAUGAAUGCCAACUUUCAGACAAAACCCACUUAGCUGUCCACAUAUUUCUCAAUGCCAAUCCUCCAAUUCUUCCUCUCCAAAUAUUUUUUGGGAGUAAAAAGCAUUCUCAUCCUACUUAGCCUUCCUAGAUUUCUCAUGACGAGUUAAUGCAUGUCCGUGGUUGGGUGCACCUGUAGUUCUGUUUAUUGGUCAGUGGAAAUGAAAAGUCUGCGUUCAUUGCAGUUCCAGUUUCUCUUCCAUUCUGUGUCACAGACACCAACACACACUCAUUGGAAAACAAAUGAAAAAAACAAAAUGUACAAUGGAUGCAUUGAAAUUAUAUGUAAUUGUAUAAAUGGUGCAACAGUAAUAAAAGUUAAAUAAUUUAAAAAAUA